AUGAAGCGAUUUGCUACCAGCUCAUUGGCAGUAGUAUCCUCAUGCCGAUACUUUUUUGGAAAAGGUUGGGAUAAUGCUGCUUUGGAUACAAUUUACAGUUGUAUGCUUCGAAAGCCGGAUGUAAAUGAUCGUAUUCGGAGUCAAUAUGCUUCUACCAUGGAUCCACGUGAUGCAGAUGUACUUCGUCGUCUGGGAGAAGUCGCCAAGGAAAACAAAACUUUUAUUCGUGUAUUCCUUCCACCUCAUUUGGGUGAUCCCCACCGUCUUUUGAAGUGUUACAGUCUUAUGGCUUAUCCAAUUCUUGACGAUAAGGGAGGUCAGUUAAAGGUUGAAAUGGACGGAGAACAUCUUGAUGCUUUUGCAGAUCCUGAUGAUGAUUAUGCAAAGGUGGUUAUCCCUCACAUUGAACUUGUUGAAUUCUUGGCUAAAUCACUCUUGGAAACUAUGAAAUGGGAGGCUACACCAAGAGGUGCCGCAUCUCUUCUUGAAUCACUUUACCGUGGAGCUGAGAUUCCAGAUCAUGUAUUUCAGACACCUGCUGUUAUUGAACGCUUUGAAGACUACAAGGACGGCAAUAAGAUUAGUAAGUAG